AUGACUGUGCCGAACAGUGCAGACGGUUUUCAAGUUUCACUCGACGUCGAGAAUAUGUACUCCACACUCCCCACCGACGACAGAGCUCUCAACGUCAUCAAGAGCUACAUCGAAAAGAACAAUGACCAAAUAAACAUGCUCGGCUUCAGUACAUCACAUAUCCUCUCAAUGUCGGAAUUCGUACUCUCCCACACAUACAUCAAAUCAGGGAACAAGUUCUAUCUCCAGAAGAGAGGAAUAGGGACAGGGUCACACAGCUCCGGAGCAUAUGCAGAAAUACUUGUGGACCACACCUACAAAGUCGCAAGUCAGAAGACCAAUCUACAACCAGAGUUUAUUGCCACCUAUGUUGACGACGCAUGGCUCUUAUGGACUUCCUCACUGGAGGAUUUCGAGAAAUACAAAGAUGCUCUCAACUCUGUCUGGCAAUCCGUAAACUUCACCUACGAGAUGCCGGUUAGUGGGAAACUCAACUUUCUGGACCUAACCGUAGAAUUGAUGAAGACCGGAGAAAUCACCCACCAACAUUAUCAGAAACCAACCGACUCAGGACGAUACCUCCAUCACGAGGCCCACUGCAGUCACAUCACCAAAACGAAUAUAAUCAGGUCAGAAACACGCCGGAUCAUUCGUAACUGCAAGUACAAAGAAGAUUCCUGGCCGCACUUGGAGACCCUGAAACAGAACCUAGUCUCAAAGUCCGGAUACCCCACCAAAUCAGUGACGGCUCACAUGCUCCAGGCCAUGGAGCAAAUGGAAAAGAGGGACCUAACGGACAGUCAGAAACCCACAGCACCCUCCCCCGACUACGUCCUCAAGAUUCCAUACAUCAACGAAGGCUUUACCAGGAAAGUUAGCUCCACAGUCAAGAAAGCGGGAAUAAACGCCAGAAUCGUGACCCAAGCUGGCAGAUCUGUUAAAAGCCUUAUCAGUGAGAAAACAAAGAAAACAUGUGACUGUGAGCUCUGCAAGUCAGGAAACGACUGCUUCACCAGUCACUUCGUUUACCAGGCAGACUGCAACACAUGUGGAAACCAGUACAUCGGAGCCUCAAGGAGACCGCUGAAAAACAGGCUCAGGAGCACGAAAGCAGUUUUAGAUUGA